UUGCAAGGUGUUGAUGGGGCGAGUAAGGGGAGUAGUGGUGUGUAUAUGCCGCCUUCAGCUCGGUUGGGUGUGGGGGGGCCUUCUGCUACUGCUUCUGAUCGACCAUUUCCUACUGUGGAAAAGGUUGCUGUCUUGAGGGGUGAGGAUUUUCCUUCCCUGCAGGCUUCUCUGCCUGUAUCGACUGGGCCUGCGCAAAAACAGAAGGAAGGUUUGAAUCAGAAACAGAAGCAAGUGGCAAGUGAAGAGUCAUUUAAUGAGCAGAGGGAUGGUCAUCGUCUGAACUCACUUGUUGACAUGCGACCACAAUUGCAAUCUGGACGAUAUAGUAUUAGAAGUGGCUUUGGUGAGAAUGCUGGUGAAAGUCAUGGUUCUGAUGGUUCUCGUGGAUCGGCCCAAGCUAGGAAGCAGGAGGAGUAUUUUCCUGGGCCAUUCCCCCUGGUUCGUUUGAAUCCCAGGUCUGAUUGGGCUGAUGAUGAGCGUGACACUGGUCACGGCUUGACGGACAAGGGAAGAGACCAUGGAUAUUCAAAGAAUGAAGCUUUUUGGGAUGGAGAUUUUGAUAUGCCUAGAGCUAGUAUUUUGCCACACAAACCAGCUCAUAAUCUUCCUGAAAAGCGGUCCCAGCGUGACAAUGAAACUGGAAAAAUUUCUUCCAGUGAAGUCAGUAAAGCAGACCUUCACACUAGAGAUAUAAGAACACCAAGUGAAGGACGGGAGGGGAACUCAUGGAGAGCUUCUUCUCCCAUUCCAAGAGAUAGAUUCAGUGCUCAAGAGGUUGGCAAUGACAGAAAUGGCAUAGGUGCAAGGUCUCCUAGCACACACAGGGAACCAAUCAGGCAAACUAGAUACACUCCAUCACCUUUUCGGGACAAUAUUCAUGAUGAUUUCGGAAAAAGGGACAUGGUUUAUGGGCAUGAAGGGAGACAGCCUUGGACUAACACGGCCGAUUCAUUUAGCAGCCGAGGAGCCGACCGAAAUGCAAGAGAUCGAUAUAGUGGCGAACAAAACAACAGGUACAGAGUUGAUGCUUCCCAGAACAGCUCUAUGCCCAAAUCAUCAUUUUCAUUUGGUGGUAAGGGGCUUUCAGUUAAUGAUCCCAUACUCAGUCUUGGUAGGGAGAAACGCUCUUUAUCUAAGAGUGAGAAGCCUUAUUUUGUGGAUCACUUUAUGAAGGACUUGGGGUUUAGUGGUUUUGAUGGACGAGAUCCAUUUUCUGGGAGUCUUGUUGGAGUGGUUAAGAAGAAGAAAGAUGUGCUUAAGCAGUCUGAUUUCCACGAUCCUGUUAGAGAAUCAUUUGAGGCUGAGCUUGAAAGAGUACAGAAGAUGCAGGAAGAGGAGCGACAGCGGAUAAUUGAAGAGCAGGAAAAAGCUCUGGAGCUAGCUCGCAGAGAAGAAGAGGAGAAACUGCGGUUGGCACGGGAACAAGAAGAGCGACAAAGGAGGCUAGAAGAAGAAGCCAGAGAAGCUGCAUGGAGAGCUGAGCAAGAACGAUUGGAAGCCAUAAGGAAGGCAGAACAACAGAGAAUAGCUAGAGAAGAAGAGAAAUGCAGAAUUCUUAUAGAGGAAGAGAGGAGGAAGCAGGCUGCUAAGCAAAAGCUUUUAGAACUGGAAGAAAGGAUUGCUAAGAGGCAGGCUGAAGCGGCAAAGGGUGGCAGUAACUCUUCUGCUUCUGUGGAUGAGAAAAUUUCAGGGUUGGUGAAUGAAAGAGACACUUCAAAAGUGGCAGAUGUGGGUGAAUGGGAAGAUGGUGAAAGGAUGGUGGAGAGAAUUACCACUUCAGCAUCGUCUGAUUCCUCUACCCUGAAUAGAUCCUUUGAUAUAAGUUCUAGGCACCAGUUUCCAAGAGAUGGUUCUUCCGCUUUCCUGGAUAGAGGAAAGUCUGUUAGUUCAUGGAGACGGGAUGCAUUUGAGAAUGCAAACAACUCAAACUUCAUUGGGCAAGAUCCAGAGAAUGGUCACCAUAAUCUUCAGCGAGAUGCAUCUGUUGGGAGCAGAAUAUUUAGUAGGAAAGAGUUCUACGGAACAACUGGAUUUGCAUCUUCUAGGUCUUACUAUAAAGCAGGGUUUCCUGAGCAUAUAGAUGAAUUUUCUCAUCUUAGAGGUCAGAGAUGGAACAUUUCUGGUGACGGCGAUCAAUAUAUCAGGAAUUUUGAGAUUGAAUCUGAAUAUCAUGAGAAUCUGGCUGAACAGUAUGGUGAUAUGGGAUGGGGACAGGGCCAAGGUCGUCCUCGAGUUAAUCCAUAUUCUCCAUAUGCUGAAAGACUGUACCAGAACUCUGAGGGAGAUGGGUAUUAUUCUUUUGGGAGACCAAGGUAUUCAGUAAGGCAGCCUCGUGUACCUCCCCCACCGUCCCUGGCUUCCAUGCAGAAAGCCUCCUACAGGGGUGAGACUGAGCGUCCUGGUCCGUCAGCCUUCCUAGACGCUGAGAUGCAGUAUGACCAUUCAGCAGGGAGUGAAUCUAUCGUACAGACAGGUCAUGAUAGUGGUCGUCAGGAUAAUGUUGGUCAGCCUGGAAUAGUAGAUGUGCAGGAGAAUAAUAAGAUUCAGGAGCAGAAACUUGAUAGGAAUCCUGCUGCAAGGUGUGACUCACAAUCUUCACUAUCUGUUUCAAGCCCACCUAAUUCUCCAAUUCAUCUUUCUCAUGAUGAUUUGGAUGAGUCUGGAGAUUCUCCUGUGUUAUCUGCUGCUGGGGAACGAAAAGAUGAUACAUUAGCAGGGCAGGGUAGUGAGCCUGAUGUUUUACCCACAGAAGUUGGCAAUGAGAAUAUUAUAGGUGCUUCAGGUUCUAUUUCUUCCGGUGAUGACGAGGAAUGGUCUCUCGAUGACAAUGAACAGUUGCAGGAGCAAGAAGAAUAUGAUGAGGAUGAAGAAGCGUAUCAGGAAGAAGAUGAAGUGCAUGAUGGUGAUGAUGAGAAUAUUGAUCUAACCCAGGAGUUUGAAGAAAUGCAUCUCAAUGAGAAAGGAUCACCCCACUUGAUUGAUAACCUGGUCUUGGGCUUCAAUGAAGGUGUUCAGGUUGGGAUGCCAAAAGAUGAGUUUGAGAGAAGUUCAAGAAAUGAAGAAACUGGGUUUGUGGUUCCCCAUCUUUCUGCUGGCAGCGGAGAAGGACAGGGAUCUUUGAGGGUAUAGCAGUGAUGGUCAAACCUUCAAUCCAUCGACAUCCCUUCCCAAGUGAGCGCUGAGAGUUCUUCAAGGAUCUUCCAGGAAACUGAGAAUUCUAUCGAGGAUUUGGUUAUUCAAAUUAAUAAUGCUCCGCAAUUGUCAACAACCUCUGAGCUGGCAAAUAAUGUGGAUGCUUCUAAUAGCUCUGCUCUAUCUACUCAACAUAUGAUUCCAUCUUCUGCUGUUCAAAGUCAAACUGAGGUGCCCGUUAAGCUUCAGUUCGGGUUAUUCUCUGGCCCUUCUUUGAUACCAUCUCCUAUUCCAGCCAUACAAAUUGGUUCUAUACAGAUGCCUCUUCAUCUACAUCCUCAGGUUGGCCAGUCACUGACCCACAUGCACAGAUCACAGCCUCCCAUCUUCCAGUUAGGUCAGUUGACGUAUACAUCUUCUAUUUCCCAAGGAGUAUUGCCAUUGCCUCCGCAAUCUAUGUCUUUUGUCCCGCCAAAUAUUCCAUCCAGUUUUUCUUUGAACCAGAACCAUGGAGUAUCUCUGCCUAUUCAGCCUGCUCAAGAAACUUUGACUAAUAAUCUGGUAAGAAAUGAUGCUCUUCCAAUUUCGGAUAAUCAAGCCAGCAUCAUACCAAGGUCUUUGGAUCAUUCCCAUGAGAAUAUAUCAAAAGAGAUAAAUCCAUUGCCUGCCAGAGAAAAGGCAGAGACAGUUACAAUGCAACAGAGUCAAGCUGAAAUUUCUAAUAGUAAUGACAAAAAUAUACAAUUUGACUCCAGUUUCCAGGGAGAGAGUCAGGUGCACCAGAAUUUGGCUGGGAGGAACUUCAAAUCGUUGUCUACUAGAGAAUCAGAAAGCUCCCUUCAAAGUAUUGCAGUGUCAUCUCAGUCGGUUUCAAAAGGAAAAGAUACCAACAGGCCAAAGUCUCAGGGCCAAGUAUAUGGUGGUAGAGGCAAGAGAUAUGUUUUUACGGCAAAGAGUUCUAGCUCAAGAUCGUCAAAUGUUCAAUCUGAUAAUUCUCAUUCUGAAUCUAAUGGUUACCAGAGGAGACAUCGGCGACAGCGAACAGAAUUUAGAGUUCGGGACACCCAAGAGAAGAGGCAACAGCUUUCGUCCAACCAACUUGUUGUGGAUGAUAAAUUAAAUUCAAGUGGAAGGGGAACAGAAUCAUCCAUGAGAAACAUGGCUAGGAAGGUUGUCUUACCAAAUAAGUCAUUGAAAUCAAUAGCUGAAUCAGACGGAUCAGGUUCUGGUCCAGUUAGCUUACAGGAAAUGGAUUCUGGAAGCAAGCUUGAAAAGGGAACUGGCAGAGAAUCAUUGGUAAAGAGUCAGAACAUUUCUAACUCGGGUGAGGUUAACCUUAAGAGGAAUCUUCAUUCUGAAGAGGAUGUCGAUGCUCCGUUACAAAGUGGGGUAGUGCGUAUUUUUGAGCAACCUGGUAUAGAGGCUCCCAGUGAUGAGGAUGACUUCAUUGAGGUAAGGUCAAAAAGGCAAAUGUUAAAUGAUCGCCGUGAACAGAGGGAAAAAGAAAUCAAGGCUAAGUCUCGGGUCACUAAGGUUCUGAUUCCACGAAAGCCCCGCUCAAGGUCACAAAGUGCUGCUGUCUCAGCGAGUUCAAAUAAAAUUUCCACAUCUUUGGGUGGAGAAGCAGCAAACAGCAACAUACAGACUGAUUUUGUUACUGCUGAAAGGCAGAAUGUAGCAAACAAAGAAGCAUCCACAGGAUUUACUACCCCUAUAGUAUCACAACCAUUGGCACCAAUUGGCACUCCUGCUGUGAAGGCUGAUGUCAAGGCAGAUAUGAGAUCCCAGUCAGUCAAGUCCAUUCAAUUGAGCUCCCUCCCAGCUGUGUCAGGUGGUGGGAAGAAUCUUGCUUCAAGUUUCAUAUUUGAGACUAAGAACAAAGUACUUGAUAAUGUUCAGACUUCUUUGGGGUCUUGGAGUAAUCAACGGAUUAAUCAACAGGUUAUGGCACUUACACAAACCCAACUUGAUGAGGCUAUGAAACCUGUACAAUUUGAUUCUCGUGCUACUGUUGGAGAUCACCCUACCUCAGUUAAUGAAGCUAGCAUGCCAUCAUCAUCUAUCUUGCCAAAGGACAAGUCAUUUUCAUCUGCUACAAGCCCAGUAAACUCGUUGCUUGCUGGAGAGAAAAUUCAAUUUGGCGCUGUGACAUCUCCAACCAUUCUUCCUCAUUGCAGUCGUGCUGUUUCACAUGGUAUAGGUCCUCCAGGUCCUUGUCGGCCAGACCUUCAAAUUUCCCGUACUCACUCUGCUGCUGAAAAUGACUGCUCUCUUUUCUUUGAGAAAGAGAAAUGCUCCAGUGAGCCUUAUGUUCCAAUGGAAGAUUGUGAAGCAGAAGCAGAAGCAGCUGCUUCAGCUGUAGCUGUUGCAGCUAUAACAAGUGAUGAUAUUGCUGGGAAUGGAAUGGGUGUUUUAUCCACCUCAGUUGCAGAUACCAAAAGUUUCGGAGGUGCAGAUUUAGAUGGUGUAGCUGGUGACCAAGCUAAUCAGUCAAGGGCUGAAGAGCCUCUUAGUGUAGCCCUUCCAGCAGACCUUUCUGUUGAGACACCCCCAAUUUCCUUAUGGCAACCUUUGCCAAGUCCCCAGAAUUCUCCUAGCCAGAUGAUUUCUCAUUUUCCUGGAGGCCCACCUUCCCAUUUCCCCUUUUACGAGAUGAAUCCCAUGUUGGGGGGCCCAAUCUUUGCAUUCGGGCCUCAUGAUGAGUCGUCGUCUACCCAAUCACAACCCCAGAAGAGUAGUGCAGCAGUUUCAGGUCCACUUGGUGCCUGGCAACAGUGUCAUUCUGGUGUAGAUUCAUUUUAUGGCCCUCCAGCAGGAUUCACUGGUCCUUUCAUCAGUCCGCCUGGAAGUAUUCCCGGGGUUCAAGGACCUCCACACAUGGUUGUCUAUAACCAUUUUGCACCAGUUGGACAGUUUGGACAAGUUGGCUUGAGCUUCAUGGGUACAGCUUAUAUUCCAUCUGGAAAGCAGCCUGAUUGGAAGCACAACCCUGUGUCUUCUGCCAUGGGUGGUGGUGAAGGAGACAAUCACAGUUUGAAUAUCACUUCGAACCCCGCGAAACCCUACCAACAUGCCUACUCCAGUACAACAUCUUGCUCCUGGGUCUCCUCUCCUGCCAAUAGCAUCACCUCUGGCCGUGUUUCCUCUCCUGAUAUGUCAGUCCAAGCACGUUGGUCGCAUAUUCCUGCCUCAUCCCUUCAGUCUGUUCCUCUAUCAAUGCCAUUGCAGCAGCCCACGGAAGGUGUACUUUCAUCUCAGUUCAACCAUGUGCCACCUGUUGAUCAAUCAUUAACUGCCAGCAGAUUUCCUGAGACCAGAACAUCCACACCUUCUGAAAGCAGCAGGAAUUUUCCACUGGUGACUGAUGCCACUGUCACCCAGUUGCCUGAUGAACUAGGGUUGGUAGACCCUUCAAGCUCCACAAAUUCUGGGCUGCCAGGACAAGGUGUUGUUCCUAAGAACUCUUCCUUAAGCGCACUCGUCAAUGCUAGCAAGACUGAUGUCGCUGCUCACAACGGCAGUGGUAACAGUACUGGCCAACACACAGGUUCCACUUUUAAAUCUCAGGCUCAGCAGAAGAAUAUAUCUAUACACCAAUAUAGCAAUUCAACAGGGUAUAAUCAUCAGAGAGCUGGUGGGGCAUCACAGAAGAGUAGUUCCGGGGGAGAAUGGCCUUAUCGGAGAACAGGAUUCCAAGGCAGGAAUCCGUCCAUGGGUGGGGAGAAGAGUUUUCCAGCUAUGAAGAUGAAGCAGAUUUAUGUGGCUAAACAGACUUCAACUGCUACAUCGACUCCGUCGUGA